UCAAUGUCUAAAAUGUAAACAAACAUUUAUAACCUAAAAAUAAUAAAGUUUUGAACUUUUAAAUAAUUUAUUAAGUAAGAAUACAAUAAAUAAUGAAAGGUCAACAUGUUGUCAAUACACUGUUUUCAGUUCUUCCUAUUUAGCGUUUGUGUUCACAUAUCAACAGUGUUUAUAUAUUUUGUUUACUACAGUGAUUUAAUCUCGACAAAAUAUAUCCAGGAUAUAAAGCCGGAGUAUGACUAUGUUAUAGUUGGUUCCGGCACAGCAGGCUCCGUCAUUGCCCAUAGACUAGCCACAGAGACUAAUUACACCUUCAUAGUGGUAGAAGCAGGGUGUAGGAGUCAUGCAUUACUUGAGGCACCCGUACUUGGACCUUUCUUCCAUGGCUCUCUGCUGGACUGGCAGUUUCAAACAGUGCCUCAGAAACAUGCUUGUUUUGCUAUGAAAGAUAGGAAAUGUAAAUUAGCCCAAGGCAAGAUCUUGGGAGGGUCCUCUAAGCUCAACAACAUGAUUCACAUCCGAGGUAAUAUUUCACACUAUGUCAACUGGUUCCAUGGAAAACACACCAUGGAGUACAUAGAAAAACAGUUUGAAUUUAUAGAACAAAACAUUCUACAUUUAAAUGAUGUGCAAUACCAAAGUGAUUUAGCUGAUGCAGUCCUAGGGGCAGCCAAAGAAUUAAAUUAUCCUACACUAGACAUAGAUUUUAAGUCAGGCUUCAGAAAAAAUAUUGUCAGCCAGAAUAAUGGAAAACGAUGGUGCACAUCUGAUAAUUUAGAUGUAAAUAAACAUGUAGUUACUAAUGCUUUUGUAGAAAAAGUUAUUUUUAAGGGCAACACUGCUGUAGGUAUCAAAAUCUUACUGGCUGGCAGGCAAAGUAGCAUUUAUGCAAGAAAAGGAGUCAUUCUUUCCGCUGGGGCAAUAAAUACUCCAAAAAUAUUACAAUUGUCAGGUAUUGGGCCUCAAAAACUACUAAAAACAAUUGGGAUACCAGCUGUCAAAAACUUACCUGUGGGAGAAAAUCUACAAGAUCAUAUAGGCACUGGAUUAGACUUUGUUUUAUUCAAUAAAUCGGUUUCAAUUAGUGCUAUGGAUAUGAUUAAUCCUUUAUACGUUUUAAACUAUUUUAUUAAUGGCAAAGGGCCAUGGACAACCCCAGGUUGUGAAGUGAUUGGUUUCCUAUCCACUAAAAACCAGUCAGAUCCAGAUUUACAAUUUAUGGUGUUGCCAGUAGGACUAUCAUCAGAUAGAGGUAGUUUAUUAAGAAAUAAUGUCAACAUCAGAGAUGAAGUGUGGGACAAAUAUUUUUCUAAAAGUUUUGAUAGCUAUGUAGGCACUAUUUUACCAUUGAUAUUACACCCUAAAAGCAGAGGGCAUGUUUACAUAAAUAGUACAGACCCCGAAGCGCCACCUCUAGUAGACCCUAAGUAUCUGUCACAUGAAAGUGACAGAGAAACUUUAAUAAAUGGAUUGAAGCUAGUCAUACAAUUUGUAAACACAAAAUCAAUCCAAAAUAUUGGUGGUUACAUAAACCAAAAUCAUUUCCCUGGUUGUGAACAUUUUGAGAUUUUCACAGAUUCGUACUUUGACUGCUACAUCAAACAUUUGACGUUGACUUCGUACCACCCUGUAGGUACUUGCUCUAUGGGGUUGCCAGACUCCAAUAAAUCUGUAGUAGAUACUUCUUUUAAAGUUUUGGGAGUAGAAAAGCUGUAUGUUGCUGAUGCCUCAGUGUUGCCAACUUUGCCCAGUGGAAAUAUAAAUGCAGCUAUUGCAAUGAUGGCUAGUGUAUUCUUUGAUACCAGUAUUAAAGUUAAAAUUCACAUUCCAUUUUGUUACACAAAUGAUUUAUUUAAAGAAUAUUUAUUUAAUGUUUGUUUUGAUAGAUAAUGGAAAGAUUUUAUGCGAGUUCAUUCUGAACAAUGUUUCUAAGUUAAAAAUGUAAUUUAUUGAGAUUUAAGCUGUUUACACAAUUU